AUGCAGGAACCAACGGCCUACAACAUCAUCCCCACGAAACUAAUACCCAACUCCCCCAAACCACUUCUUCAUUACAAAAACGCCUUCGUCAGGGAAGGAAAGCUCGACAUUGGACUUGCAUAUGAUACCUUUGUGAAAAAUGGGUGGGAAAUACAAUGGGUCACACAAUACGCCCGGUCGAUGGUUGUCGUAUCUGGACCGGGUCGAAUUCGCUGGGGUGUGGCAGAUCUCGAUGAAGACGAAGAAAAGCAUACUUACGGCGAUGCACGUGAAGAGGGUGGGCUUCUGCUGGAUGUUAAUGUCGGUGAUCUAUUUGUUAUCCCGGCUGGUGUCGCGCAUAAGAAUUAUGACCCUUUUACUACACUUCCACUCGUCAACUGUCUGACUGGUAAUGCGCGAGGGAUUGAGUCCGAUGAUCCACGGGAAAUGGUACAGGGAUUGAAAAUGAAAGGGUUCAUGAUGAUGGGUGCUUAUCCGCGUGGAGAAAAUUGGAGUUGGGGAGAUGGUGGGGAUUCCCCGGACUUCGUCGCCGUUUGGAACGUGGAAAAUCCCGAGUUCGAUCCAUUUGUUGGGAGUGGUGGGGGGGGUUGGAAAGUAUUGGAAGUGAUAACUAAUAGCGGGAAAUGA